CUGAUAUAAAUAUGUAAUUAAUUAUUCAUAGCUAUCAACUCCGCUGAUGAAAUGGCGGCUACCAUAUGCCGGUCCCUGUGCUGUGCUCCGCCGCCCGGGCGAACUCGGAAGACCACACAGGCCUCCAGGCGCGCCUCCCGGAGCACAACACUGGCUACGCCACUCAUACAUUCUACUUCCAAGAAGAAGGUUUUGGUUCCGAUAGGGUUAGGGACGGAGGAGAUGGAGGCAGUUAUAUUGGUGGAUGUCCUUCGCCGCGCCGGAGCGGACGUUAUCGUGGCCUCCGUCGAGCCGGAGCUUCAGAUUGAGGGCUCCUCGGGCACUAAGCUGGUGGCCGAUACGUCUAUCUCUGCGUGCGCUAACGAAAUGUUUGAUCUCGUGGCUUUACCGGGAGGGAUGCCAGGUUCUGCACGGUUAAGGGAUUGCCAAGUUCUCCGAAGGAUCAUAACCAAGCAAGCCGAGGAUAAGAAAUUGUAUGGUGCUAUAUGUGCUGCUCCAGCUGUUGUUCUUAUGUCAUGGGGUUUAAUGAAGAGAAAGAAGAUGACUUGCCAUCCAGCAUUUAUGAGCAAGCUUCCUACCUUUUGGGCAGUCCAAUCAAACCUCCAAGUUUCAGGAGAGCUCACCACAAGUCGUGGUCCAGGAACGACUUUUGAGUUUGCACUGUCAUUUGUGCAGCAACUUUUUGGCGAUAAAUCUGCAGCAGAUGUUGGAGAAUUGUUGAUGAUGAGAUUGGGCGGAGGCCGUCAUUUAAAGAAAGAAUUCAAUAAGAUUGAUUGGUCAUUUGAUCAAACUCCUCGUGUUCUUGUUCCAAUUGCCAAUGGUUCUGAAGAGAUGGAAGUAGUAAUGUUGGUAGAUAUUUUAAGGCGUGCUAAGGUGGACGUGGUCGUUGCAUCUGUUGAGAAAUGCAUACAGGUUGUAGCGUCUCAAAAUACUAAUAUUGUUGCAGACAAGUCUAUUGGUGAUGCUUCUGAGCAUACUUACGAUUUGAUCAUUCUGCCU